AAACAUGUCCUCAAAACGAAAGUCCCCACCAACAAAACUACACGAAGGCACCAACUCAACAGACCCCACGACACCAGGAGUUCAGCACACCGGCAGCGGCAGCGAAGGAGGAGGUCUCACCGACCUGGACGAGACGAGCAGCAAUAACCUAAGUGAUAUCUGCGAGGAAGACAACAAUACUAUGGUUCACAACUCUAACGCGUUCUACAAACUAUCGGAGCCAUCUUCGCCGGGCAGUGUCUCCCCCAGUGAAGGAGAGGACCUUGAGGAGGAUCGCAUGCCUCCCAAUAAAUCGGCCAGAAUGGGUGAACCUCACAUAUUCGUUUCUAGUAGUAUUCAGGCGUUAUCCUUACAUACGGAUCACGAAAGACGACGGAACUCUUCGGAGUGUAGUAGUCCCAGUGCUGAUAUAAAAACGAACAGUUAUAACAAUAAUAAUAAUAACAAUAGUUUAGUUAAUAAUAACAGUUCCUCGCAUCCGCUGAAACGGACUAUGGAUGACGUUCUUAAGAGGCUUACGUCGAAGAUAAAUCAUAGUACGAUACGGGAAGAAAAAAGGCCUACUCCGUGUUCGACGCCAAAUUCUGUGAACAAUUCAGAUGUCGAACCAACAGCUGCCAUCCAACAAGCGCUUUCGGGUGACAACAUUAUGGAAAAAGAUAGAAAAUUAUCUGAAUUAAUUUUCCAACUCCAGAUGGUCAGGGAACAGCUCUUACAACAACAACCAGAACCUAAUAAGACACCCAGUGCCAGUCAACUAGUUAACGACACUCACCAAAAACAGCUGGAACUCCAGCGCCUACAGCAAGAACAGCUGUUACAACACCAACAGAAACUGCAAGAACUUCAAGGCCAGAUAACAGCACAGUAUGCUGCAGGUCCUCAUCAGGCAGGGCUCAUGUUCCUGCCCUUUUUGGAACAGCUGCGUGGGUUACAACCUCCAGCGAUGCCACAAAAUGUUGCCAAAUCACCGAUGGGAAAUCAUAUGCUUCCUCCACAUCAAGUCCCAAAUUGGAUCUCAGCCACAGCUCACCUCGCUCAAAUGCCAAACAUGACGGGACCACCGCCAGAAAAACGAUCUCCACCUCCACAAACGACGCCAUCAACGCCACCUCCACCCCCAUCGGACCCAGAUGCACCACUCAACCUCAGCAAACCGAAAUCGUCGAGCUCCGGUUCUGCGAGGUCAAGCCCACAAAGUACUCCCACUGCUCCUCUACAAGAUCAGCCAGUAGCAGCAACUGCGCCUAAACUUCUUCCGCCUAAUCUAAUGAUGUCAAGGGCGUUCUUACCAUAUGCAGGAUUACCUCCACAGUUUCCUAUGGACAGGAAUAUGCCCAAUAAAGACAUGACCAGUCCGGACAAGCAACCGCAUUUUCCUCUUCAUAUGUAUGGUUUGCCGACACCGCCGCAUAUGGGCGGACCCAAAGAGGAUAGUAUUAAGGAAGAUAGAGAUUUUUUAGCCAGUUGUCACCUCUGGGGUUCACCGGACGCUAAUUUCAAACUCGAAGCGGAUAAUGCAGAGAAGGCGAAAAUCAUCAGGCAACAGGCGAAGCGGGAUAACGAAAACAAACCGCACAUCAAGCGGCCCAUGAACGCCUUCAUGGUGUGGGCGAAAGACGAAAGGAGAAAGAUCCUCAAGGCGUGUCCGGACAUGCACAAUUCCAACAUAUCUAAAAUUCUCGGAGCGAGAUGGAAGGCUAUGUCGAAUUCUGAAAAACAGCCGUACUACGAGGAACAGUCUAGACUGUCUAAAUUGCAUAUGGAGAAGCAUCCCGAUUAUAGGUAUCGACCGAGGCCGAAGAGGACGUGUAUUGUGGAUGGAAAGAAAAUGCGAAUAUCAGAAUACAAGAUGCUAAUGCGCCAACGCCGCCAAGAAAUGCGGCAGCUCUGGUGUCGCGAUUCCACUGACAUGAACAACUUUAUGCCUCCCAAUCCAGAAAUGUCACCCGCCACAUCGACCUCCGGUAGGCCAUCGGUAUCGCCACCAAUGGGAAUGCUAAAUGGCGCUGGUCCCAGCUCGGAUGCUAGUUACUACUAUACCCACGACAGCACCUCGCCGGAAGCCAUGAACUUCUCUCAGGAUUCUAGUAUGGCUUAUGAUUCGUCACCUAGACAUGGUAACGACUGA